AGCAAACCUGGACUUCGAACGAUGAUCGAUCGUCCUCCGAAAUACCGGAGGAAAACCCUACGCGGUGCCCAUGCGAUUGACCCUUCGCACUACUAUUAACACGGUUCUGCGAGUUUCGCCGAUGAUGGCAGGGACUCUCUGCAUGAUCUCUUGGGAGAAAUCCGCAGGAGGAGAGUCAUCAACAGACGAUGUGGAAAGCAGUGACGAGAAUGAUCCGGAUAUCUUGAAAUUAGCACGACAACGUUCCGAUAUCCAUCCUCACCUUUCCUACUGUCUAAAGCCCCUCGCUGUCCCCGAUAUCCAUCCUCCCCAUUGGGUCCUGUGGCGCGAAGACUUCAUCGAGCUUUCACUGUGUCUGGUGGAAGUACGACUGGCGUGGAUCGAGGACGAAGCGCACCCAACUUGCAUAGAGCGCCUGGAGUUGCUGUUCAUCCAGGCCUGGCGAACCAACGUGGAGGGAGAGCUUCUCGCGUUUCUAUUGAGUACGGUGCGGCCCGGUCACCAGGAUCUCAUCACGAAAGAGCUCACGAUCCCAGUAGCACAGCUGGCGGACGAUCUCCCUCUUGACAUCAUCUCGCAAGACGACGAGCAUCCAGUUCCCCACGUGCUUUCUCACACAUUGACGCCUUAUCUUCAGUGGUCGGCUUGCGUAGAAGGAGCCGCAGAGCGCAUCCCGCCGUCGCAGCAACAAUACCUGGAUCCCCGGACGGCUCGCGAUCCUGCCUUCUUCAGGCAUCCUACGGCGGAGCAGCUUGCAGCCAUUCGAGAAGAAGAGGAGGAGGAGGAGAGUACCGGGAGUGACAAAGACGAAGAGCUCGGGGAAGAAGACGAAACCCCAGAAGAAGGAAGCUAUAGCGAGCAUAGCGAGGGGGAACAGAGCGAAGAAGAAGAAGAAAGCGAGGAAGGAGAAGAGGAGCACGACAAAGAGCCUGCUGGAUCGGAGUGGGAAGUCGUGCCAGAAGAAGCGCUGCGUACGGGUACGGAGGCUGAGGAUUCGGAGGCGGGCCGCAAAAGAGAAGAGAUCGCGGCCGGGAAGGAGUUAGAGCUCGCAAGCGCGGAGAGUCUGCAGAUUCACGAUGAUCCGAACUGAGAUCCUGAGCCACCCUGGCCUGAAGAUGGCGACCUCGCGGCCACGACUCUGACCCCAUCAGCGC